GAAAGAAAAGAAAAUUACAAUAAAUGUUAUUAAAUUUUAUUAAAUAAUCUUGAGCGUGACAAAUUGCUUGCGUCUAGUAGCUGUCACAUCAGGGGCUGAUUUUGGGCUCUGCGUAUAUAUUCAAAUCUAAACAGACAGAACAUAUUUAUGUUGAAAACGGUCAAAUCGAAUCACUAUAUUGUAUAGCCGCCAUCCGAGUAAAAUCAAACUCAUUUGAGUUGUACGAAGAACACAGUAGACACCUCUGCAUUAACCUGUUGAUGGAAUGUGAGAUUUAGCCAGAUUGUGAAAAAAAAGUGCUUGCUGUCUACUUUGAUACUUAACAACUUGUGGGAUUAAGGCUAUUAUUCACGGUCAGCACGCAGACACAUACCCAACUUGCCUCCUUGACGGGCCCCAUUUGCAUUCCGGAACCACUUCAAUGCAAAUUACACUGCUCAUAUAAAAGGCGUGGCAGGGCGGGCGUGCUGAAAAUGUAAAAUCAACACGUACACAUAGAAAGUUUUGAUCAGAAUUGUAUGGAAAACAAAGCCAAGCUGCAACAACAAUAGCUGUGAGAGCAACGAUAACAGCUUGGAGGUAAUUAAGAAGUACUUGCGAGCGGUUAUAAAAAAGGGCAUGGCAAUGGGCCUGAGCAGCCAUCGGCUGGCAAUUGCGCUGGCUCUGACAGUGCUAAUUAGCUUUUGGCCGACUGGCAGUCAUGGGGCAGCAGCCGUUGAAUGUGCCGAUUGGGUCAGUCCCAGUGAAUGCAGCAAUAGCACCGGUAACAACAACAACAACAACAACAACAAAAUUAGCAACAAUAGCAGCAACGAUGCGGCUGGCAGCACCGCGUUGGACCGUUUAAAUAGUUCGAUGCGGCCAGACAAUCUGCUGGAAAUGGAUUUGGAACAGGACGAAGACAAUUGGCCAUUGGAGCGUAUUGUGUCCAUCAUUGUGCCGGUAUUUUUUGGCAUUAUUGGCUUCGCCGGACUCCUGGGCAAUGCGCUCGUCAUAUUGGUGGUGGUCGUUAACCAACAAAUGCGCUCAACCACAAACCUAUUGAUUAUAAACCUGGCCGUCUCGGACAUACUCUUCGUCAUCUUCUGCGUGCCGUUCACAGCUACCGACUAUGUGCUGCCGGAGUGGCCAUUUGGCAAUGUGUGGUGCAAAUUUGUGCAGUACAUGAUUGUGGUCACAUGCCACUGCAGUGUCUACACCCUCGUCCUGAUGUCCUUCGAUCGCUUCCUGGCCGUCGUGCAUCCCGUCACAAGUAUGUCCCUCCGCACCGAGCGCAACGCCACUCUCGCUAUUAUGUGCGCCUGGAUAACAAUUGUGACGACUGCUAUACCCGUAGCCCUGGCCCACUCUGUACGGAUCUAUCAGUAUCAUGGACGUGCGGGCACCGCCUGCGUUUUCUCCACCGAGGAGGAGGUCUGGAGCCUGGUUGGCUUUCAGGUUUCAUUCUUCCUGUCAUCGUAUGUGGCCCCAUUGACACUGAUUUGCUUUCUCUAUAUGGGCAUGCUGGCACGAUUGUGGAAAAGUGCGCCCGGCUGCAAGCCGUCGGCCGAGUCGCGCAAAGGCAAGCGCCGCGUUACACGUAUGGUUGUUGUUGUGGUUUUGGCCUUUGCCAUCUGUUGGCUGCCCAUACACGUUAUACUGGUGCUGAAGGCUCUCAACAUGUACGGCGGCACACAUCUAACUGUCAUCAUACAAAUAAUAUCCCAUGUGCUGGCCUAUACGAACUCCUGCAUCAAUCCCAUACUCUACGCUUUUUUGUCCGACAACUUUCGCAAGGCGUUCCGCAAGGUUGUCUGGUGCGGCAGCCCACCUCCAAUUGUGACCAACCAGCAGAUGACAAAGACCACAAGAACUGCGACCGGCAACGGCACGUCCAACAUAGAAAUGCUCUAAGCUGUGUCUGCACUUGGUAAUUCUGGAAAAUAAAUGGUUUAUUUGUGCGCAUUGCGACCACAGAAUGCCAUUAGACAGUUUUUAACUAAAAUUAUUGCAGUUAUUUAAUGCAAAUAUUACAAACAAUGUAACUACAUAUGAAUACAUGCC